ACGUGACCGGUAAACUGGGAAGGGUUUCAUGUCAGUGGAGCAGGAGGGAUGUGAACUGUUAGUUUUAUCCUCUGGACACAUUUUCCUUCUUUUCUCAGUCGCGACUCUUUCUCUUCAGGCGACCAGCUUCGGCAUUUUCCGGCUCAUUUCGGAAAAUGGCGUCAAACGGCUGUUUUUUUAGGAGCUUGUUGAGUUUGUUCAUCUGCGUCACUCUGCGGAGCGAGCAAAGCAGCGGCUUGUUUGGAGAUUUCAACCGGAGACCAAACAUCGUUUUAAUCCUCACCGAUGACCUGGACAUCACUAUGGGCGGCUUGGUCGUUACUCUUAGAAUCUUUUUUUUAUUAUGAUUAAAAAACGUUCCUCCUGUUUCUCAGUUUGUCGCCAGUCCGCUCUGCUGCCCGAGUCGGGCCAGCAUCCUGACUGGGAAAUAUCCCCACAACCACCACGUCAUCAACAACACGCUGGAGGGGAACUGCAGCAGCACGGCGUGGCAGAAGAGCGAGGAGCCCCACACCUUCCCUGCUCUGCUGAAUACCCAUGGAGGCUACCAGACCUUCUUCGCAGGGAAAUACCUCAACCAGUAUGGACACUCUGGUGCUGGUGGAGUGGAGCAUGUUCCUCCAGGCUGGAGCUACUGGGUGGCACUGGAGAAGAACUCUAAAUAUUAUAACUACACUCUGUCUGUGAAUGGGAAGGCUCAGAAACAUGGAGCAGACUACAGCAGAGACUACCUGACAGAUGUGCUGGCCAACAGAUCUUUAGACUUCCUCCAGUAUAAAUCCAGCUACCAGCCGUUCUUCAUGAUGGUGUCCACGCCAGCCCCCCACUCCCCCUGGACCGCAGCUCCUCAGUACCAGAACCGCUUCAACGACACCAAGGCCCCCAGAGACCCCAGCUUUGAUGUCCAUGGGAAGGACAAACACUGGUUGAUCCGACAGGCGAAAACCCCCAUGACCAACUCCUCUGUUCAGUUCCUGGAUGAUGCCUUCAGGAAACGAUGGAGAACUCUCCUGUCAGUGGACGACCUGGUGGAGAAAAUCGUGAAGAAUCUGGAGGAGAGCGGUGAACUAGAGAACACCUACAUCUUCUUUACAUCCGAUAAUGGCUACCACACAGGUCAGUUCUCUCUGCCGCUGGACAAACGGCAGCUCUAUGAGUUCGACAUCAGAGUUCCUCUCAUGGUCAGAGGACCGAGCAUCAAACCCAACCAGACCAGCCAGAUGCCGGUGGCAAACGUUGACCUCGGUCCGACCAUCCUGGACAUCGCCGGCUACAAUGUCAACAGGACUCAAAUGGACGGCAUGUCCUUCCUGCCAGUAAUGCAAGGGAAGGUGAACGCCAGCAGCUGGAGAACAGACAUCCUGGUGGAGUAUGAGGGAGAAGGAAGGAACGUUUCGGAUCCAGCCUGCCCGUUGUUGGGACCCGGAGUGUCUGAAUGUUUCCCAGACUGUGUGUGCGAGGACUCAUUCAACAACACUUACGCUUGCGUGCGCACUGUUGCCCCCACUGCUAACCUGCAGUACUGCGAGUUCGAUGACAACGAGGUGUUUGUGGAGGUUUACAAUGUGACAGCAGACCCCUACCAGCUAAAAAACAUCGCAAAGACCAUCGAGCAGGAAGUGCUGGAAAAAAUGAACCAUCGGCUGAUGAUGCUGCAGUCCUGCUCCGGGCAGACGUGUCGAACACCCGGGGUUUACCAUCCAAGGUUUGAGUUUAACCCCCGGCAGCUUUUCUCAAGCCACAGCUCCAGACUCUGAGGGGAGUGGAUGAGAAUCAAAGAAGGCCUUUUCCUUUGGACCCUCCUGAGCUGCCGUCUGUUAGAGCUGGAAA